AUGAAGUUCUGGGUUUCAUAUAGGACAAGUGAAGGAGAGGAUUUUAUUCACCAAAUCCCUUUGCUAUUUGCCAAACUUGGAAGCAGUGUGAUUUUACCCUGCUCUCACUCAGAUGACUUUAUAAAUUAUAUUUCAUGGUAUAAACAUUCUUUUGGCAAGAAACCACUUCUUGUGGCAUAUUCAGAACAUGGAUCAGGAAGCGUUACAUAUCAAAAUGGCUUUGACAAGACAAAUCGAUACUUUAUCAGAAUUGGAAGUGGCUCUUUUAAUUUGAGCAUCAUUCACGUGGAGGAAUAUGAUUUUGCAAACUACUAUUGUGCUGUGAGUUUCUUGAACAUUAUUAAAUUCGGAGAAGGAACAAUUCUGCUACCUAAAGAAAGGGACAGAAUAAGAAGCACCACUGUUCUCCAGGAGCCUGUGUUUGACAGACUUCAUCCAGGAGAUUCAGUGACUCUGCAGUGUUCGGUCAUCAGUGAGAUCUGUGCAGGAGAAUACAGCGUCUACUGGUUCAGACAUUCAUCAGGAUAUUCUCAACCAGGAAUCAUUUACACUCAUAAUAACAGAAGUGAUCAGUGUAUGAAGAGAUCAGAGAACGGCUCUUCUACCCAGAGCUGUGUCUACAGUCUCCCUCAGACUGAACUCAGAUCAUCUGAUGCUGGGAUGUAUUACUGUGCUGUGGCCACAUGUGGGAAGAUACACUUUGGAAAUGGAACUAAGUUGACUAUUGAAGGUACAUUGCUCUGGAAUCCAUUUACUUUAGUCCUGGCAACACUGACAAUCAUGGCCAUGAUUGUGAUUAUAAUUCUGCUUAUAGUGAUUCAAAAGACCUGCAUUAAAGUCCGUGGAUAA